CCCAACUAAUGUCAUUUAUCUAACAAGACAGAUGAGGAAAAAUCCCAAAAUCCCCAAAUGACAGUUCAAUUUUCUUCUCUGGCCGUCAGAAAAUUCAUAAGUGAGAAAAAAUUAAAAAAAAAUUAUCUUUUGGUUUGCUUCGUCUUCAUAUUCUUCAUUGUCAUUGUCAUUGGAUUUCACCGAAAAACAAUGUUUUUACCAAUUUUACUCGAUUGCAAAUUAAUUAAAAUCAAGUUAAAUUUUUAAAUCAAAAACUCCACAACAGCAUUAGUUGAAAUUUAAAUAAAAUCAAAGAGUUUUCUUCAAAAACAAAAACCAUAGAAGUUCAAUAAGAAAGAAAAAUGUAUAGUUUCGAUGGUGACUAUCGUCGCAGACCUGUGCAGAAUUUAGGUGGUGCUUCGCAGAGUUGUGAUCGUGAAACAAUUAUUAAAAAGGCCCAAAUCGAAAGACAAAAACGUAAUGAAUUGCGCAAACAAAAUAAUGGAGCUAUUGUCUUGCAAUCAUAUACGCGGAGCUUCAUUCUCAGGCAAAGGCAAAAGAAGCUGGAAAGGGAUAACUUCGAUGAGUUCUUCAAGUCUCACAAGGACAAGCUGACCGAGGAUGAUAAUCUCGCCUAUUUGCUAAGACGUAUUCUGUUCUUUUAUUCGAAUAAAGUUUCAAAAGAUUGUGAACGAUUGAUUGAACUCUCACAAUAUCUCCUUCGAAAUCCAUCAAAAAUGCUUGAAAACGCAGUUACUGGUUUCAUCUGGUUGCAUCGCCUUCGUAAAUUGAUGAUUAUUUGUAUUGAACAACUAACUGUUCCGAAUUCGUCACAAGCAAUUCCCAUGCGAAUGGUUGAAACUUUUACAUCAGAGAGCAUAGUCGAACGAUACAUCGAAGAUCACGAACGAGUCCGAUUGUAUCUAGAACUAAUUUUUCGUUAUUUAGUCGAGAGAAACUACUUUAAGCGAAUUCGUAAGAUAUUAGAGGAAAAAUGUCCACCACUAGAUGGUGAGACUCUGCAUGCUCCCAAUCAAGUAACCGAAGCUCUAUUUCAAAUGAUUAUGAGACCCUUAGUGCUGGUUAAUCGAGGUUUUCGCUAUGGCAAAGUUAUUUGUCAAUCAUUCAAUGAACAUAUUCUGAGCAAAAGCUUUUCCGAUCCCAUUCGGAAUUAUAUACUUCCGUGUUUGGCCGAGCAACCGGAGUUUCCUUUCAAAGAUAUUCUACGUUCAUUGGAACCACUAAUUCCAGUGGCAACUCUUUUGGAGGGUGGAGUCGAUAAGAUGCAAGUAGAUGGAGACGAUCGGGAUCGAGAUGAUGGCAAUCCGAUAUUCAGUAGCUUUUUGCUUAAUUCUAUUUUAAUAUUGGACAGAAAUCAGUUAGACACACUUAAGGAAAACAACAUCUUAAACGGCUAUAUCAAAGUGAUCUCAGAAGUUUCACCCAAAAUUCUAGUUCUCCCGAAAUCUUCAAUAAAAUCAACACAUCUGUCUAGCGGUCAUAAUGCAUACGACGAAGACGAUGAGGAUGAAGAAGAAGACGACGAAGAAGAUGAGUUAGAGAGUCAAAGUGCUUCUCGCAUGAGUAUAGAUCCAGGAAAAGACUCUAUCCAAACUGGUCUAACUGUGAUAGAAAGAAACUGUCUUCUAGAAGUAAUCGAAUUGCUGAACGAUUCUAAAAGAGUUCAUAUAAUCGUUGACAAUAUAGAGCAUUUUAUAAAUGAUGCAGAUGUAUUGUACGCAUUGUGUAAAACCUGCCACAAUAUGAUGAUCUAUAAUAAAAAUGCUAUAUUCGAUUAUAAAUUACUCUAUACGUUGGCUUUUAUGCCGACAUUUAUCAGAGCUGUAUGGUUCACAUUGGCUUCACAAUCUAGCCAAUUGGGAUUCUCGUCACCUCUAAGUCUCAUAUCAAAGGGUGUUGUCCCUAAACAAAAUGGAGUUGAACGAACAAUACCACUUCUAGCUACUUUCUGUUCACUUUUUGGUCGUCUUGUUCCGACGUUGCAUGACACAGAAUUCUGUGAAGAUAGCAUGUUCGAGAAACCUCAAACCCUAAGUAAGCUGAUGCCAUUCAAAAUCGAUGAAAUUGUUCAACUAAGUAAGACACUGAAAGAGAUUUCGUUGGGUUUGGUGGAGUUGGCAUUCCCUGAGACAAGAUCUAAUCUCAAUGAACACUAUCGUUGGAUUCUGGGCCGCAGUGAGUUGGAAGACAAGAAAAUCAAACAUCAAAAACAAAUCUGGGCGAAUCUAUUGAAAGUAACAGUUUCGGUGCUUAAUCAAAUACACACACGAGAUCUACGUCUUGGCUUUUGUCCUGAUACUCAUUGGACUGUUAGUAAACUGAAUUUACCCCUUGAUCGACCCAGUGAUUUACCAUUGACCAGAGGCAGUCGCACGAGGGGUAUUCGACCAUUUCAACCAAUUCGAGAUUUUACUCGUGAAGAUUUUGAAAACGGUCCACCAAUGUCUACCAAACAAAUACGUUCGAUCACUAUUCUGAGGGAAAUACCAUUUGUAGUGCCGUUUAGCAAGAGAGUAGGCAUACUACAGGGUUUGGUGGCGGCUGAUAAGAUGAGGGUACAGGGUAAUUUACAAGCAUUCCUACAAGGACCAUCCAUAUUGUUGACUGUUCGUAGAUCGCAUCUUUAUGAGGAUGCCUUUGAUAAGUUAAGACCAGAAAAUGAACCUGAUUUGCGAUUAAAGUUUCGAGUGCAAUUUGUCAGUUCGUUGGGUUUGGAUGAAGCGGGGAUCGAUGGUGGGGGAGUUUUUCGAGAAUUCUUAUCAGAACUGAUUAAAACAUCGUUCGACCCGAAUCGUGGUUUUUUCAUGGUCACCACAGACAACAAACUCUAUCCAAAUCCGAACGUUGGAGAUCUUUUCCCCGACUUUGAAAGACAUUACUAUUUCAUCGGACGAAUCUUAGGAAAGGCAAUAUAUGAAAAUCUACUUGUCGAACUGCCCCUAGCCGAAUUCUUCCUUACCAAAUUGGCUGGCAAGUAUUCGGACGUGGACGUACACCAACUCGCUUCCCUCGAUCCAGAGCUCUACAAAAAUCUUCUCUGCCUAAAAGACUACGAAGGUGAUGUUUCAGAAUUGAACUUAGAUUUCACAGUCGUCACCAGCUCAUUAGGCCAGACGCAAGUUCAGGAUUUGAAACCGAACGGUCAAAGUAUACCAGUGACAUCGUCAAAUCGAAUCGAAUACAUUCAACUCAUAGCUGAUUAUAAGCUUAACAAACAAAUUCGACAGCAUUGUGUUGCGUUUAGGAAAGGUCUGUCGAAUGUCCUGCCAGUGGAAUGGUUGUACAUGUUCAGCAACAAGGAAUUACAAAUUCUCAUAUCGGGUGCUGAAAUUCCAAUCGAUUUGGAAGACCUUAAAAAACAUUGUAAAUACGGCGGAGAAUAUAGUCCCGAACAUCCGAGUAUAAUUUGUUUUUGGGCAGUAUUAGAGGGUUUCUCGGAUUUACAGAAACGGCAGUUGCUUAAAUUUGUUACGAGCUGUUCGAGACCACCGUUAUUAGGAUUCAAAGAUCUUGAUCCACCGUUUUUCAUUCAAAAUGCCGGCGAUAUGGAACGUCUUCCAACUGCCAGCACCUGCACCAAUCUCCUCAAGUUGCCACCAUUUAAGACUGAGGAACAAAUGCGAGAGAAACUCUUAUAUGCGAUCCAAUCGAAUGCUGGAUUCGAACUUAGUUAAUUUAAAUUAAUAAAAUAAUAAAAAAAAAAGAAAAACUAAAUAAAAGGCUUAGCUUGUAUGAAUGUAGUGUGAUGAUUUCAAUAGAUUCAGAUAAACAAACCAACACCCACCACACCCAAGGAAAUACUCCAUAGAAUUCAUCCCAACGUUUCUUUGUUUUUUAAAAAUUAAUUCACAGAAAAAAACAACCUACACCUUCAAUAAAAAAAAACAAUCGAUUUAAGUUCCUUCUUAAAGAAAAUAAAUAAAAUAAAAUAUAAUUAAA